UAGCGUGGCCGGAGGUGGCGGCGGCGGAGGUGGCGUCGCAGGCGGAGGCGGUGGACGAUUGAGUCUGCACUUGCGACCUUGUGGGGCCGGUGGCGGAGUAUCGGGGACCGGAAGUGACGGAGUUUCGGAUUACCCGCCGAGCGCUGCGGCUGUUAGAAGCAGGGAGGUGGCCGCGGCGGCCCUGCACGCGGCAAGGACCCUGUUGGGCACGGGGGUGGCCAACCCUUGCUCGCCCACCCCCGAGCCGCCCUUUUGGAAAAUGCCGCAUAAAGAUUACUCCUUUCUUCUCGCGGAGGUGCAGCAUCGAGCUGCUUCAGACAUUACCCUGCACCGAGAGGAGGAUUUGAUGCACGGGGGAGGUCCUGGCAUCGGUGGGGGUUCCAUGGUCGGACAGAACUCAAUAUUUGGAUGUUCGGCUGCUGGACACAGUGGGGUUAAUCAGUUAGGCGGCGUUUACGUCAAUGGACGACCGUUGCCCGACGCUACGAGGCAAAAAAUAGUCGAAUUGGCGCACAGCGGGGCGAGACCGUGUGAUAUUUCGAGGAUUCUUCAGGUCAGCAAUGGCUGCGUCUCCAAAAUUCUUGGAAGAUACUACGAAACCGGCUCGAUAAAGCCAAGAGCAAUUGGUGGAAGCAAACCGAGGGUCGCGACAACGCCGGUCGUCAAUAAAAUUGCUGACUACAAGCGAGAGUGUCCUUCGAUAUUUGCCUGGGAAAUUCGUGAUCGGCUGCUGCAAGAAGGCGUUUGUAACAACGAUAAUAUCCCAAGUGUAUCCUCGAUAAACAGGGUGCUGAGAAAUCUAGCGUCGCAGAAAGAGCAACAGGCCGCGGCCGUUCAAGCUCAUCAAGGUGCUGAAAGUGUUUACGACAAACUGAGGAUGUUCAACGGACAGGCGACCGGCUGGCCACCGGCCUGGUACUCCGCAACCCCUUCCCAUCAUCCCCUAGCGAGCGGCAUUCCGUCGGCGGCUACUGCUGGCUCCGGCCAAUCGCUCUUACCCGGGGGACAACUUCAUGGACGCGAUGAUUCCUUGCUUAAACGAUCUGAUAACGUGCCUCUGUUGUCCCAUCAAGAAACAACUUCCGACGGGAAUUCUGAACACAAUUCAUCCGGCGACGAAGACUCACAGGUCCGGCUGAGGCUCAAGAGAAAACUUCAACGCAAUCGCACCUCGUUUUCCAACGAACAGAUCGAUAGUCUUGAGAAAGAAUUCGAGCGGACACAUUACCCGGACGUGUUUGCCCGUGAACGUCUCGCCGAGAAGAUUGGAUUGCCUGAGGCACGUAUCCAGGUGUGGUUCAGCAAUCGUAGGGCAAAGUGGCGCAGAGAGGAAAAGCUGCGAAAUCAGAGAAGAGCCGCUGUUGAUCAGGUCGUAGGGGGCGGGACAACCGGGGGUGGCAGUGGAACGGCGGCACCUGCGGCAGGCGCUGCGACACCGAGGAUACCGUUGAACGCUGGCUUUAACGCUAUGUAUUCUUCGAUACCACAGCCGAUCGCCACUAUGCCCGACACUUACAGUUCAAUGUCAGGCAGUCUCGGUGGGUCGAUGGGCGGUAGCUGCCUUCAACAACGAGCCGAGGGUUAUCCCGCUUACGUAUUUCACGAGCCACUUCAUUCGCUAACUCAAUCGUACUCCCACGCUCAUACAACAGCAGCACACUCGCAACCCCAUCGGGGAAUACCGACUUCUCAUGGUGGUACACCCACCACACCAGGGGGACAGCCUGCUGGUCCAGGCGGGGCGCCCUAUCAACCAACCACUUCGACGGCUACCGGUGUGAUAUCAGCAGGAGUUUCGGUACCGGUGCAAAUACCAUCACAAACCCCGGACCUCACCGGUAAUUAUUGGCCACGGCUUCAGUGAUCCCAGCUCUUCGGGUUCCCGCCAGCGAGUCUACUCGUCGGCCAGGAGAGCCCGCCACCGCCACCGUCCUCAUCGGCAUCGGGUGGCGGCGUAGCAAGGCCACUUUUGGCAUCCCUUGGAAUACCGACCCAAUCCUCGAUUCAUCAUCAAACCCUAACGCCAUCAACAACGCCGAUACACAACUCCGAUACCAGUGAGUGAACGAACGUUAAAAUCUCAUAAUGUGCUUGAAGAAAAUAUAAUAAACCAAUCUCUCGGUUUUCUCACGAGUCUCAAAUAUGUAUUAAUACGUCAGUGACGAUCUAGUGCAUAAUUACACCAAAUUGUAACAAAAAGUGCAUCGACAAUGUGGAAAAAUAGGGGAAAUAACAAACUAAUUAAUGUUUCGCUUCCCCCCCCCCCCCUCCCCCCCGCCCCCCGCCCCGACCGUCUAAUUAACGCGCAUCGAUCAAAUCCACCCUUCAGUCUCAUCAUUUAGUUUUAAUAUUUAAACUACACCUCGAAAUAGAUCUCCGGAUCAUGCAGGGUAUCCUACAGACUCUCGUUCGACGAAUCGAUCUUCACUGAUGUUUAUCCAACGACAAGAAAACGUUUGAAGCUUAUGAAAAAAAAAUGAGUUUCGAGAUAUCGAAUCGAUAGGAUUGGGGACGACGAGUUUUCAUCGACUUGGAUCGAUGCGAGAAAGGUUUUUAGUCACAAAUUUAAUUCACGUGAUAAAUCGUAUGAGAGCAAUAAAGUUCUUCUUACUUGGAUUUCGUUUCUCUGGAGCGGGAUCUCGCGAUAGAAAUUUUCGUGGCGUUUCAGCCUGAGUCGAACGAAUUAGUUUGGGGAAUUUUAGUCCGUUGCUCGAUUUAAUUUCCACGCGAUUAUUGUCUCGUCGAAAUGAUGAUCGAGACCUCCGAUUUCGUGGCUCAUUGCUCGACAUACACCGACGAAAUAUCCGCACAAGAUACAGCACCGUCGAAGCGAGUGGAUGCCGAAAGUGUGGUGAAAAACUAGUCAAGUUGAAUAAAACGAAAGAAAAAUGAUGCGGCUUCGGAACAAUCAAUUUUAUCGAAGCGAGAUUUCUUUAGUGGGUCCUUCCAACAGGCAGGAAUCGAGUUUCUCCAUUAGCGAAAUUGCUGUGGCGGCAGUGCCGAAAAAUUCAUUCGAUUAUGACCGUAAAUCCAGGACGAAUCGAUCGCCAGUAUGGAAAACGCACAGCGAACACGCCGUUUUCGGGAUGAAAAAUGAUUUCGUUUUUUUCAUGUUUCCCUCAGUUAAUGUACCGAUUAAUUUGUCCGCGGCAGUUUCCACGGUGAAGAAUAAACGGAUUGUAAAUAUGAGUCUCAGGAAAGUUCACUGUAUCGAUGAUACUUCGAGUGAAAUCGAAUAAAACGACGAAGCAUCAUCCCUGGAGGCAGCGAUGCGAGAAUCAUCAUUUUGAAAAUUCAUGAAAAAACAUUGAUAAAUUAAAAAAGACUAUCGUAAAGUCUACAAGAGCGAAUCAAUUAGCUGGAAGCCGCGUGCGAAUCGAGGAUAAAAAGAGCGGAAAAAUCGAGGGUAAAAAUCGUCCGUGUAAAAUGGUUCUCCAUAUUGGCGAUGAGACUGGAUGGUUAGGAUAUUGCGGAACGUCAUCGAGGAGGGAUCGAUUGUUCGCUCCCUCUUCGAGGGACGUCAAGUCGAACGCCUAUACACAAACAGCGAGCCACGCACACAAAUGUACACACAAAUACGGAGCGUAUGGUAAUUUCGAAUGUAGCGAGGGGAGCGCGCGAGCUCGAGGGAGGAAAACUGGGCUGAGCUCAAGGGGAUGAGAUCUCAGAUCGAAGUUUUCCAACGACGGCUGCUCGUAUUCUCGCGAGGUUUGGAACCCCCGCGUUGGGCUGGCAACGGGAUGGGAUGAGCUGUUUUUCGGAGGCAGAAUCGACCGAGAGAAUUUCGCCUCGAGCUUUAGAGAAAGAGAGAAAGAGGCUCGGAGGAACCGAGCUCUUUUCUCGUCGGUGGCUGUGGGAAGAGGGUUGCUCGAUGUUGGGGUUCAUAGUUCGAAUCUAUAUUUAUAUAUAUACAUAUAUAUAUAUGCAUAUAUGCGUGUGUAUAUAUAUAGAUAUAUCGAUCAAAAACCGCCCUCGCGAAGGCGGCUUUCUUGGGGGUCGGCCAUCGCGCUCCCUCGGAGAUAUGGCGACGCGUACAACCGCCAAUGCCAUCGGUUAUACCAUCCGAGCUAUAACCGUUUUUUUCUCUCUUUCUCUUCGUGUUUUUUUUUUAUUACUUUGUUUUUUUUUUUUAUUUUUUUUAUUCAGUAUUAUAAAGUAACCUGUCCGACCAUCACUCUCCGAUUUACGUCAUCACAAAUAUUCUCACAGUAAAGCCUUUCACUUUCGACGUUUCUUUUUCAGCCAUUUCUUCGGUCCCGUUUUAAGGCUCGUGGCGAAAAGGGAAGCGCAAAAAAGAAUAUUAAAAUUGGUGUCGAGCGUAUAUUUCGUCCUUUACAAAUGACCUGUGAACUUGUAGCUUUUGUUGGCAACGUGUCCGCAAACGCACGUUUUACGCGCCGGGAAUUUGCGUGUUCUGUAUCAAGGAGAAUGGGAGAAAUCGCGAGCGAUCGACACACCGCUAUCGCGUCACUAUAAUCGCGCGCUAAAUCGGUACUAAAUUUAUGAAACGACAGAGAAAGGACGUGUAAAGGGAUACUGCGGCGGCGGAUCGAGACGAUUGAGAAACUCCUGCGCGCAGGUAACGCAAACAAACAAAUUGCGUGGAAGACAUAAGCGUAGAAAAACAAAUGCGAGAGCGCGGGAAGCAAAGGCGAAUAAACGACGAACGACAUGUUCGAAUUUGUGGAAAUUUGAAAAAAUACGGGGAGAAAAUGUGUACAAUUUAGAUCGUCGACUCGGAGUCGAAUUAGCCCAAUCUCAAACUAAUAUAUAAACAUUGAACAAUUCCGUGGAGCAAUUAGAGUUGUUUCUUCCAGACAUCAUUUUUUUUCUAUAGAAAUCACUAGAGAAAAACAAAUCACCGAAAUGAAAAUGAUUUUCCCUGUUGCGAUCAAACGAUACGACAAAAAAAGGUUAAUAUUAAUAAUAAUAACAAUAACAACAAUAAGAUUAAUAUAAAAUAAUGAUAAUAUAAUAACGCAUAUUGGUAUUGAAAAGUAAACAAAUAAAAAUGAAUAUUAUAAAUAUGAUUUUGUGAAUAAAAUAAUGUAAGAUAGCGUUUGUUACUCUCGUUAGUUUUUAGUAGUGUAAAUUAGGUGGAAAUGAAAAUGAGAAAAAAAAAACGGAAAAAGAAAAGAGGCGAUAAAAGAAUUCACGAUGUCGUCACACUGUAUAUACGUAUAAGUUAUUGCGACGAACGAAACGAUAUUAUCAGUUAUGUCUCCGACGUAUACCUGUAGCGAUGAAUCAGCACAAAUAAGGAAAAAACAUUGUAAUACACACACAUCCACGCGAAACUCAAUAACGCAAAGCAAAAAAACGUACGAAACGAAGGAAUUCGUCGGAAUUACAGCACCCAUUGUAACACUGUAUUCGAUGUCGUUUUUCUCAACGAGCGACACAGAGAUUACGUUAAAACAUAUGCAAAUACACGAUUUGAAAAAACAAGGGAAAAGAAUGGUCGCUCGUGCAACUAACGAAAAAAUAUGAUAAACCAGAAACGAAAUCCGCUAAUAAAUGAAUCCUUUGUAGUACGAAUAAAUUGUCUGAGCCUAUAUCAUACUCACGUUCUUCUCUCUGUGUCUCCCGGAUUCUGUUUUCGACACUUUCCAUCCCGCGAGGUGGAUCUCUCUUUUCCUGGAGGAGAUAUCGACUGUUUAUUUUAUUGGCACUAUGCACGGAAGCUUGAAAUCAUUUAACGGAGACCAUUGAUCAGAAUGAAUUUCGGCGUUUCAGACUCCAAAAAUGUCAUUUUUCGACGAUUUAUCGACGCUUGAAAAUCGAAAUUUCCAUGAGAUUAACUCCGUUGAUUUUUCGGAGGUAGUUUUGGUAUCACUUCUUCCCUGUGUCUCGAGAAUAUUGAAUUUCCGAAGGGCUUUUUUGUCUUGGUUACAUUGAAAUUAGUCAAUGUUUUAAUGAAUUCGUUAUUUUUCGCAGCUUCAAUUUAGCCAAUUUGCAAACCAAUCGGUUUUUUUUUCUACGCACAACGUUACUGCGCCACCAAUUUCGAAAGCGUCAAAAAAUAAGAGGAUAUGCGCAGAAAAAGCAGGGCAAAAUAAACACGAAGAAUUUCCGUGAUUGCGAACGAAGCCGAAAAUAAUGAACUCCGGUGUACGUGGGCAGGCAUGAAAUAUUCGACGAGCCGUGAAGUAACUUUCUCGUUGGUUCCGCUAACAGGGGACAGUGUCGAUGAGGCGCAAGUAACGCUCUCCCCGUUGUUGCUGAUUUCACUUUUUUCCUAUUUCUUCCUUUUUUGUUUGAAUUUUUUUUUUAAUUAAUUGGUUCCGGAGAACGGUUCCGAACAACGCGAAUCGAAUCAAUUUUUGCCUAUGAAAAUCGAGUCGCCCGCUUCGUGAAUGUGGAAUCAGGCUCGUUGUAAAAAUAAGAGCGAGAACACGAGGAAGCGGCGUGGCUAACGGGGGAGGCUUUCGCCCCUCUUUGUCCCCGAACGCGUGUAAAACAUCGGAAAUUCCAUUUCGGUCCAGAACAGGCAAAGCUCACGUCGAUUUUACUCACAAAUUAAAAAAAAAUCCUUUCGCAUCGUUCAACACGAUUUUUUGACAUUUAAUGAGGAAAAAUGGCAAUUCUGAUUUCUGGAAUUUUUUUUCUAUCAAGAGCCUUAACAGUUUCAUUUUUAGGAAAAAAUUUAUGAAUUCUUGUUUUAAUGACGACCAUGUUUUUUUCACAUUAUAGAGGCUCAUCCUUUGGAAAAUGGGGAACAACGAUUUUACUGAGAUCAAAUAAAAUGCCACGUCCAUUUAUGAAAUUAUUUCUAGUUCAAUGGAAAUUCGAAAAAAAAUAUUACGCUUGUUUUGAGUCCAUGCAUAAAUGCGUUCGAUAUUCGGAGAUUUUUGCGUAACGAGCAAACAGAAUGGCCAAAUAAGAGAAUCCAAUGGGUCGCAGAAUCGUCAUAUUCAGGCGAACGUUUUUUAUUUUGAAUCUCUGUCUCUUUUUUUUCGAAUUUCAUGCGCAAUCAAAAUCUGAAUAUUCAUAAGCGAUCAGUGUAAUAAAUAUUGGAGAAUCGCGUCGUUUGUUCACUUCGAUCUCAUAGCGUCAGUCAAUAGAUGUAAACGAAGAGAGAAAAAUCACGAACAAAUGUCAUUUCGUAUUUGCAAUUUGUUCGGUACUCGCUUCCAGUGGAAUUCUUUACGGUAUAAAUUUGACAAAAAGGCAUGAUCAAUUUGAAACACACAAAAGCAAUAGGAAAUAAUAACUUGAAUUUGCAUACGAAUAAAAAUGAUUUAUUUACAAAUUCUUUUUUUUAAUUUACAUUCCCAGAAUUUUUAUGAAUCAUUAUUUGUUGGGUUACUGUUCUUUCAGUCUUUGAAACCCGAGGGAAAUGAUUCAUCCGAAAAUUCCAUUCGAUUACGAUAGUUUUUCAAUUCAGGAUUUUAUUUCAUAUUUUAGGAUCAUUUUCCCACAACUUAUCGAGCUUUUUGGAUCUUGUUCUAGAAGUUUUUCUGUAACCAUAAUCAGAGCUCAAAUUUUUAUUUUUUUUCAAGAGAAUCUUCAUGAAACAGUAAAUAAGAAACUUUUCGAGUUUCUCUUCUGAAGUAUCGCACACGUGUUUAGUGAUUAUCUGAGAAAACGUACAAAAUUUUAUGAGAAAAAUGCUUUUGUUUUCUCAAAAAUGGCCCUUUCGAAGAGGUGACCAUACUCUAUGAAUUGCCAGCUGAGUUGAAAUUUGACAGAUGUUUUCAGUAAAUCGUUAUUUAGCAAUCAUAUACCAGAACUGAGUCGAUAUUUUAAACCUUAUUCUGUCCUCAAAAUCAUCCCUGAAAAUAGCAAUUUUGAAGAAGGUCACUCUGAAAAGGAAUUGGUUGAAGCAAACAACAUUUUUCUUGGUUCAACGAAACAUGUCAAAGGAAAUGAAAUUCACUAACAAAAAUUCCCAAGCUCGAAUAAAUAUUUCUCACUACGACGAAACCACCGUCGAAUCAACGAAAAAGAAAUUCAGAUGGGCCACUGUAAAAAAACGUUAUUUUCCUUCGAGAUAGACGAGCAUAGUCGAUACAAGAGAUAAAAUAAAUUGUGCGAGCAGCUGGUAACUAUGUAUUUAAAAUGAACAAAUAGACACUCGGACGAUAUUGUAAAUUAUUGUGAAAUUUAUAUUUUUGGAAAAAAAAACAAAGCAAAAUAAGAAAAAAGGUCGAGAUUAAAUUUUGGAAAAAAAUGUGAAAUAGAAUGAAUGAAAGACCGAAAAUAAAUGCAUUGGGUUGCUCUUUGAAUACGAGUUUCGAUGUGUCGAAAUCACCGUGCGAUUCUCACUCGGCAGCGAAUAAAAAUCUUUACAUAGAUAAAUAUAAUACAAAAUCGAAUUUAAUCUCGGGGAAUUUUGGAAUAUUCCGUGCAAAAUUUCAGAGCCAGAUGGAUCGUGAAAUUUUAAAGAGAAAAAUCUUGAAGCAUUUUUUCCUCCAAAGCAUUGUUAUUGCAAUAUUUUAAAAAUCGUGAAAGCCAGUCUCGAGCCCUGUGAAUAACUAGCACAAAGUGACUUUGUCUUGCUCGUGCCCACGUUGGCCGUCACUUGGUCGAGCGAUAUCAGAGCAAUGGUAUGUGACAGGAAAGAAUAGAACUUUUCUCUUCAGGAUUUCGCGAUCAAUUCAAGCUGCGAAGAGUUAUGCUAAUUUUCGAGGAUCCUGUAUGAUACGUACAUAUAAAUAAAUAUACACAAUUCCAAUGUAGCACUUCCACCUUAACGUUUCGAUGAAAUCGACCAUUCGUGCAGACCUACAUUUUCAAACUGAUGCUAAUUUGCUAAUUUUUCUCGUCAUUAUGUUUUUCUUUAAUUUCGAGAGAUUCUAGAGGCGUGAGCAAUAACCACCCAGCGAUUGAAUCCUGCAGCAGCCACUCAGGAUUCAAUUUUCAAGUCACGUUUAUAUGUAAUUUUACACUAUUUUGCGAAAAUUUGAUGAAAAUCAAGUUUAAGAUUUUCUGAAUAUCAUCUUAUCAGUUAGAAGAAUCACCGUGAAUUCUUUCGUCAUUCAUUUUUGCCAUUGUACAUCACUGCCAAAUUUGAUCAGGGUCUCUGUAUGUAACCAUCACCGAACCGAAUCAACUUCAAGCCAUUGCGAGCAAUAGCAGAUCACAAAUGAUGAAUUCUAUUUAUUCUCCUGCGUUGAUUGAUCCUGAACGAGAGAACUGUCAUUGAAAAAACCCACGAAUUUGUGAGUGGCCCACAAUGCCGAUUGAAUAAAAAUAAAUAAUUUUCAAAAAAUUUAUCAUUAUUCGUGAUUCGAGUACAAAAUCUGAAAAUUUCAACAAUCGUUGGCCACGCAUGAUUCUCCAUUUCCAAGUGUGCUCACCGACACUGAUCCACUCGCAUAAAAAAACUCGACGCGAUUACGGUCGUGCGAAAGAAAACUCCAGAAAAAAGAAAAAGAAAAAAAAUCUGAAUAUCUGUAGUAGUUGUAAAACAUUAAACGCGAUAAAGUGUACGAGCAUGGACAAAAUUUAUUAAGCGAGAAAUAAUAUAUAUAAAUAUAUAUUAUUGCGACAGUAAUCGAUGUAAGUGUUGUGAAUAAUGAGAUAAUAUUGUUGCUGUGAUUACCUCGUAAGAUUGUAAUUAGUAGAAAAAUAUAGAAAACGAAAAAAAAAAACAACCAUAAGAAAACAUACAAACAAAAACCAUUGUUAGGUGUCACUGUCUUGAUUCAAUAAAUGUUAUUUCAUUUUAA